AUGCCUCCCAAACGCAUGAGAGCCAAACUCAAUCAGAAACGCAUCAAAGAAAUCCGAGAAGCCUUCGCAAUUUUUGAUAAGAACGGAGAUGGAACAAUAAGCUCUCAAGAGCUCUGUUACGUCAUGAGGUCCCUGGGGAUGAACCCUUCGGACCAGGAUUUGACUCGGUUGAUGAAGGCCGUGGAUUUGGAUGGAUCGGGCGAAAUUGAGUUCCAGGAGUUUUUGGACUUAAUGUCUGAGCACAAUGAUGUUAGUGAAGAGGAUAUUCAGGAUGCAUUCAAGCUUUUUGACAAAGAUGGAAGUGGAACCAUCAACAAAUCGGAGAUCAAAUAUGUGGUGACCAGUCUCGGGAUGCGGAUCACAGAUGAACAAAUCGACGACAUGAUCCGCAUUGCCGACAAAGAUGGUGACGGGGACAUCAGCUACGUGGAGUUCAUCAAGCUCAUGACUUCAAAGCAAUAGGA